AUGGGUCCCGCACCGAGAGGCCAGCUCUGUACAGAGAAAAAGUACUCGAACCGAGUAGUGAAAACCGGACUCUGGCGAGAGAUUGAAACUCAACUUGGUUUCUCAGAGAAAGAGCUGAGGAAGAAGUGGGAUUCUCUGCGAACUGAGUACACCCGGUACAGGAAACUUGCCUGGAAGGAGAGUACUUCGAACCUCCCCAUCACGGAACGUCCGGAGGCUGCAGAAUCACCCCCCGGUGGCACCAGCAGUGGCACCAGCAAUGAAACCUCGACCAGCACCACUGAGGAGCCCUUCAACUUUGAUGCUGAGCCCUGCACUCCCCUGUUAGAAUCCACCAUCUGCACCACACCGGCACCGCUCAGAGAGAGGCCAAGCACACUCAGCACUGGAAGGCCUCCGGCGAAGCGCAGGAUGAUGCAGGAUUCGCAGGAGGAUUCCGCCGUUGAGGCAUUAAAAACAAUGCCGGCGGAGAUAAAAUUAAGACUGGCAGAGUUGGCCCCGAGUGGACCUGAUGAUGAAAUCGCUGCCCAUUGCAAAGUGUUUGAGCACAGACUGCGGCUGAUGACACCUCAUCAGAUGCAACGCUUCCUGAAUCAGAUGCAAAAUACCUUCUUCGAGUACUUAAAUGAAACCACUUUCUUUAGUCUCUAGACAUUUCACUUGUCUUCACAUGGGACUCGUUUUUUUCAACUUAAAGUUCACUCCUUUUUAAAGAUGUGGCUAAUUCUUUUUACAGACAGUUGUGUCAAUAAUUUCUUUUUUUGUAUUUUUUUUUUGUAUUGCAUAGUAUUUUUAUCGUAUUGUAUUUUUGUUGAUUGUUUACUUUUUGUAUUAUUAUUGU